AAUAGUACAUAGGGAACAAAACAUGGUCAAUUUCAUAACAGAAUUGUAUCAUCCAAUAGAAUGUCAGACAAGCUUGGAAAAUUUUGAUAGAAUUAAAAAUCUACAGCUAAAAGUAGUGUCUGCGGUAUUUUUUCGAAACUUGAAGUCAGAUGCAAAAAUUCAGGUGGUACACAUACCUGUCAGAGUUUGACGCAAAAAUGAUGGUCCGUUUUGAUUUACAAAAAUCAGACUACACAACAAACAGAUGAAAAAAGUAAUUUAUGCUACAUAGCUUCAAAGAUUCAUGUAUAUAUGAACAAAAAGAUAUAAUGUUCCAUUUCCAGAAAAGUGUAUAUCUCUACUAAUUCUAGAUUGACACCAGAAAGAAAUGGCUUGAAGAAAGAGUUGGGUGUCUUGGACUUGGGCCAAAGUUGUAUGCCACAUGAGUACAGUAAAUUUCAACAUGGCUAAAAAUAGGGGCAAGAGUGAAUAUGAAAACCGGAGAGGUUUGACCCAGCCAACUCUUCCAUUAAGCCUUAGAAAUUACGAUGGACCUUAUAACAGAUCAGCCCUUCUUAGCGCACAUGCUACAUUAUUGUAUCAUGUAGAACAAGUGCAGAGCACAACAGCUUGGAGGAGAAUUCAGAUGAAAACACCUAUAAAUGUAAAUGGUGUUACAGAUUCAGAUGAUGGAUUCGGAGCAGCAUCAAAUGUAUACUCUCAUUCCGGACUUCCUGAAACAGAAGAAUUUAUCGAACCUUGCCAUGACCAUCCUGAAGAAAAGAACGAAUCGUCAUAUAUUUCAGGAACAGUUGAUACGCAGGAAAAGACAGAAAUUCCAUGUUCAUCAUCUGCCUAUGAUCAGAAUAUUAGUGAUGACAAAAAUUACAUUGAGAAAAAAAUAAACUGGAAGGAAAUGGAAAAAAUAACUAUAAAAGUUAAUGUACAAAGACAAAGUACAGAACGUUCAGAUUGUUCUAAAGUUGUGAAGAAAGAUUUGUUUUUGGGAGAAUCAUAUGCAAAAGAUGGGCAUGAAAAGAAAACUUUAGAACAACGUGGAAUAAGAAGGAACAUUGAUGAAAAUAUUACAGAGUUUACAAAGAUAAACAGUAAAGGUGGCAAUGAAAAUAGAACUUUAGAACAGUAUAUCGAAGAUGGGAUUUCUGGUGAAAUUGUAAAUGAAACUUAUAAAACACAAAUAACUUCAAAGCAGUCAGUGCAGCAGAUUCUGAAAUGUGAUUUUUGCGAUUAUAGAUGUACAGAUUUAAAUGAUAUUGAAGAGCAUCUGCAAAGUGUUAUGCAUUAUUCCGCUAGUAGAUGUGACAUUGAUAAUGCAGGAGAAGUCGUACUUAAAGAGAAAAUGAUUUCUAAAAAUGAAAAAGCUAAAUUCAAAACAGCAGUGAUGAAAUGUCCUAGCAACAUUUGCUGUACCAUUUUUCAUGAAAUGAGCCAAUGCAUAUCACAUUACAAUGAGAAGCAUUGGAAAAUGGGAGCACCAAGAAGUCAAUUCGCCUUGGCUGAUAUUGUGAAGGUGGACGAGUGCAGUAUAGUGUUAAAACCUCCGAAAUGCCAGCUGUGUUCCUUGGAGCUUAGGUCCAAAAGCCAUAUGAAAAAGCAUCUCAUAGAGAAACACCUACCAUUAAGAGAUAGUUUCUCAAAGUGCAAAAAUAAAUUCAUACUUUUUUGUAUAGAUUGUGAGAAAAGUUAUUCAUGGAUAGAUGAAGUCAUUUCUCAUUUACGAAAACAUAAACCUUCUAUGCAUGAAGUUUCAACCUUUAAUAUCUUUCAGAUUGAUAAUGUAAGAAAGUUUCAUAUAUCACAUACUGGCACAAUAAAUAAGAUAGGUGGUGAUUCUGAUGCUACAGUAGGUUCCGGAAAGCGCGCACAUGAUCUGACAUUUUCAAGUAAUGAGCCGAAUCUUAAAAUUACAAGAAAGAUGGAAAGUUCGAGUCGUGAAGUAGCCCUUGAUAAUGAAACUGAUAAAUUGCAGGUUGCUAAAGAUGAACAGCAGGUUGCUAGGCAUAAACAAACUCUAACAGGUACAGAUUCAUGCGAUUCAGUAAGCAAUAUUUUGGUCGAGGCAAAAGCAUCAGGCAUGGAUAUAUCUUUACAGACAGGGAGUAGUGUCCAACAAGAAACUCUGAAAGAUGUAUUCAGUUGUGACUACUGCCAAGAACUGACUGAUUCCGAGAAACAGAUCAUGUCUCAUCUAAACGAAAGAUGUCAUUCAUCAGCAAGUUCUGUUUUAAUUGAUAGUGAUAAGAACGUUAAGUAUAUCAAAAGGCUAAGUUCAAUGUCACGUGUUGGUCGUAGUCAUCAAAAACUUUACGCAACUUGUACUAAAAAUUGUCAUAUUCUGUUCAAAAGUGUAAAAGAAAACAUUGAACAUGAUGUGGUUUUUCACCAUGCUGUAAUGAAAUGUAAACCUUGUUAUGGCAUAGUUACAGUAAGAGAGGAAGUUGUGUUGAAACUGUCUGUCAAGAAGUGUAUAGUGUGUGGAUUAUCAUGGGACAAGACAAAGCCUUUAUUAACACACUAUAAAGAACAGCACAUGCCUUUUUCAUCAAAGGAAGGCUGUGAUAUAUUCUUUAAAUGCGCAACCUGCCCAAAAACUUUUUCCAGGUUAAAAGACUCAUUGCAUCAUGCUAAGACACAUAUUUACGCUAAGGACGACCACCAGUUUAAAUUGUCAGUGUUGUAUUUAGACAGUGAAAGAGAAUUACGUGAACUGCCUCCGAAGUUUUCAAAAAAUGAAAAGGAGCGUGAAGAGAAAAUCAAAACUUUAAAGAACUCAAUACAGGAAUUGGAAUCAAAGACAAUGUGUGAGAAAAAAGCUAAACAGUUGAAAAAGAGAGCUCUUCGGAAAGCCAAACAUAAACUUUUAGCCAUUCUAACUUAAAUGAAUGGUUAUCAUCAGGAGAUGUAGAAAGUGGUUAGAAAAACUACACAUAGCCUAAAUAAAGGGACUGUAAAUGAAAGGAGUGGUUAACAGUAGUCAGUUACUUUUUGUCAGGUCUUAAAUAAAUAUCCUAUUGUUUGUUGCAAGAAAUUUCUUUUAACAUUUUUUUCUUAUUAUAAAAUGAUAAUUGUGGCUGAUUAUGUAAGAACAGUGUGUAAAGAGUGUGAAUGUUUUAGAAUUGUAUCCUUUGGAUGAAUCAACAUUUUAUUGGUGCAGGGAAAAAAUACAACAAAAACAUCUUA